AUGAGUAAGAUCAAGACUUUGAACAGACAGUUCAUAUCGAAUUUGGAGACACAUAAAGUGAUUACAGAUGCUAAAAGAAACUUAAUUCUUUCCAUUUUAAAGUCAACAACAACUAAAAGGGAAGCUAGAAAUUACUUGACAAAGUACCAAAGUCAGUUUAGUUUUCCGGAUUUAGAGUUUCAAAAGUUCAACAAUUUUUCAGAUGAAAUCACAACGAGUUUGAGCCAAAGAGACAAUCAGCGGGACUUAUUUGUAAAGAGGUUCUUGAAUAAUCAGAACCCCUUUCUCAAUAUCUAUGAUGAAGAAGAGACCAAAUUAAACAAGAUCCCCUUGAGACUAGCCAUUUUUAAAAUCAAGUUUCAAAGUAUCACCAUGAAGCAAUGGAGAGGCAUUGCUGAGACUUUCAAAAGAUUAAUUACUUUAGGGGUGUCUCCCAUUAUACUAUUAGAUUAUGACCAUUUGCCGAAUGAAUCAUUCAAAAAGAAUGAGCUUUAUAUGAUAAAUCAGGCGAAUAAAAUGCUUUCGAUUUUGGGAAAACCCGAGGAGCCGGGUGAUCUAAGGGCAACUGUAUUGCGAAACGUAUUCAAUACAAAGCAAAGCGAAAGCGAAAGCGAAAGCAACGUCACAAUUGAUACUCUAGAACUGAUCUUAAUACCGUUGUAUCAAGGGAUCAUACCAAUUGUACAACCAAUUCUGUACAAUUCCCUCACCGCAAAACAGGAGUUUCUUAAAUGUGACACUUUGCUAUCGUCGCUAUGCUCAGCCUUGAUUGCAAACAGAACCACCAAUUUGUUAUCGGUGGAGAAGAUAGUGAUGAUUGACCCAUUGGGCGGUAUUCCUUCAAUUGAGCGUAAUCAAACAAGUCAUGUGUUUAUAAACCUAUCUCAAGAGUACUCCGAUAUUUUGUCUGAACUAUACAUUGGCCACAUUGAUCCCAAGAUACGAAAUUUGCAUGUUAACAACUUGAACAGCAUGAACGAGAUUUUAACGUUUAUUCGGAAAAAGUCGGGGAAUGAUGAGACCACUGGUAUUAUUACCACGCCUGAAAUCAUGUCUACCAACGACGACCAGUUGAAUCCUAUAAUUUACAAUGUAUUGACCGAUAGGUCCAUUAUAUCUUCUUCUUUACCCAGCACCAGCAAAAGAACUCCUCCUUUAUCCACAACGAUUAUCAAAAAGGGUGCUAAUGUACAAAUAUUUGAUAAGACUACUUUUCCCAAAGAGCUUACUUUCGAACGCUUGUUUGCCGAGAAACUCGUUGAUAAGGAUCGAUUAGUAAACUUACUCAAUGACUCCUUUGGAAAACAGCUAAAGGUUGAAGAGUACUUUAAACGUAUAAAUAAUCAUCUUGCAACGUUCAUUUUGGUUGGAGAUUACGAUGGUGCAGCAGUUAUAACCUACGAGGAGGACAGAGGGGGAAAUAAGAUAGCUUACUUGGACAAAUUCGCUAUAGCCAAGAAAAAUCAGGGUCUUCCUGUUAAACGGAAUUUAUUGAAGAUGAGCCAAGCUGAGACUAGUAUGCGGUUGAGGGUCAACCCGUCACAAGGGGUACGUCAAGGGCAGCUGAAGCAAGCGCAGGCUGGUGAUCUGCCUGUUGGUAAAAAAAGACUUGCAUAUUAUCAUGAACUUGAUGAGUGGCAGCAGGAUAAUCACUAUAUCAAGUCCGGGUACGUCAAAGGUACUUCUUCAUACCGCGAGAGUCUUAAAUCUUUGGGGUACCUACACAAUGAAACUGUAAAUAUAUACUCCCACUUGCUUCCUUCAAGUAUAUCCUUCUGGUUGAUACUUUACUAUAUCAAUUUUCAGUUAAAAAUCUACGACAACUACUUGGGUGUUUGGGAAAAGCUCAAUUUUUUACAAUUCGGAGCUGCAUGUACUUUUUGUAUGUUUAUGUCGUCGGUUUUCCAUUGCUUAAAAUCUCAUUCGCAUAAAGUCAGUCGAUUUGGAAAUCAAUUGGAUUAUUUUGGUAUUGUUAUAUUGAUUACAUGCUCCUUGGUAUCCAUCGUAUUGUUUUCAUAUUAUGACAAGCCCCUUCAGAAAUGGAUAUUUGUAGGGUUAUCCAUAUUUUUUGGUACAGUUUGUACAAUUUUCACCUUGCAUCCCGAGUUUUCUCAAAACUAUUAUAGACCCUUUAGAUCCACAAUGUUUAUACUAUUCGGUCUUUCGGGUGUUUUACCCAUAGCAAAUGCUGUUUAUACUUUUGGAUAUCAAACUACAAAGGAGAGAUCGGGGUUAAUAUGGUUGAUAUUAGAAGGAACGUUUUAUAUACUUGGUGCUGUCUUGUAUGCGAUGAGAUUUCCCGAAAGAACAGCAUACAUUGAUUCUGAAGAGCAUUUGUUUUCGCCGGGGACUUUUGAUAUUUUUGGUCAUUCUCAUCAAAUCUUUCACUUUUUAGUCGUGGUUGCUGCAUUUUGUCAUUGGAAGGCGUUAGUCGAGUGUUAUCACUAUUUGCAUCAGAGCAUUUUGUAA